AUGACGUCACGCCCACUCUCGGGUAGACAUGACGUCACGCGACCAUUAACAGACGAAGGAGAGGGUCGCCCUUUCCCUCAAGUCUCCCAUCGGUCAACCGCUCGCACUGAUGCCGCGUGUGGCAGCAGCGGUAGCAGCAGCAGCAGCUCCUCGUCGCUCAAACUCUCCGCGUGCCGCGCUCACAUGGACGCCGCUCCGAACAGCGACGUCGCGGACGACGGCGAACUCGAGGACGGCGAAAUCGACGACGCGUCCGACGGGGCGUACAACCCCCCCGAGCCUCGUCGUCCCGCCGCCUCGCUCGAGUCGCGGCCGGUAGAGCCGCUCAGGCGAGCGCAGGCUUCGCAUCGGGGUAGGCCGCGAUCGUACCACGGCGGCGGCGGUGGCGGCGGCGGCGGCUUUGGGACACUGGGACGAGGGCAUCUUCGUCAGGGGCAUCGUCACGGGCAGCAGCAGCAUCAGCAACAGCAACCAGGUGUCUUUCGCCCGUACAAGUUCCGCGGGCUGCUACCACGAGCCAAAUGGAGGAGCGGGCGCGGAGCGGGGAGGUCUCGAGGUGGAGGAGGAGGAGGAGGCGGCGUUGUCGGGUCGAGGCCUCGCGGCAUCGCGGCCGGAGAGGUGGAUGCGGGGGAGGACGAUGCUCAGCUGCCCUUGAGGAUGUCCCAGAUGGGCUUCCCCCGCAUAAUGCCGGCACGUGGCCCGAACCACGGCGCACGGCCUGAGCCGGAGCACGAGGAGAGCUUUGACGAGCUGCUGGAGACGUACCGCCAAAUCCAGAAGGAGCUAGAGGAGAUCAACCAGGAGGAGAGGGAGGUGGAGGACCUGAAGACCAACGCCUGGUACCCAGGUGGCGGGGUUGGUCCCCCGACCCUGCUUCCGCAGGAGCGCCGCCCUGCCGAUCUGUGGUGCCGCGAUGAACACCGGCCCUCCUGGCAGGACGGCCACGGUGGCGGCGGCGGCGAACGAGUGUGGGCCGAGCACGCCGAGGACGUUCGGCACUGCCGGGAUGAGCGCUGGGCCUGGGACGGCAGACCCGGCGGUGGCGGCGGCGGCGACGGUGACGACAGGCCGCCCUGGAAAGAGCGGCACGCGGACAAUCGGCCAUGGGACGAGGCGCCGUGGAAUGACCGGCACGAAGAGAAGCUGCCGCCGCAACCACCGCCGCCGUGGCACGACCAGGCCUGGCAGGAGCGCCACGACGACAACAGGAGGCACUGGAGCGAGUGGCACGGGGACGAGAGGGAGCGGAAGACGUGGGGCCGCGACGGCGUUCCCUACGGGCCGUGGGACAACCGCGAGUGGAAAGACUCGCAUGCCGCCGUCGAGAGGGGCUGGGACGUGGAUCCUCACCGCGACGAUCGACCGAGGGGCAGCAGUGGCGAUGGCGGCGGCGGCGGCGGUGGUGGCGGCGGCUGCACCGUCGGGCCCUACAACCAAGACUGGCUUGGGGAAGGUCCGGGAAGGUCGUGGGACGAGCGCCCGAGAGACGAGGUGCGUCCCAGAGAUGAUGUGCGUCCCAGAGACGACAUGCGUCCCAGAGACGAGGGGCGCUACGACGAGAGGAUGCAGAGGCCGCAGAAGCCCGCGGCGGCGCUGCUCAAUUCCUGCCCGGAGCAGCAUCCCCAGCCGGCGCUCCCGCCCAAGGUGUUCCGUCCGUUCGAGCUGAAGCCGCUGCGGCAAAAGAUCCUGAAGCCCGCCGAGCUCGACGAGCUCAACAAGAAGAAGCUCGGACAUUCGGAGACGGAGGUCGACGGAGGAAGUGGUACGAGGGAUGGAGAUGAAGGCCCUCGGAUCACGGAGGAUGGAAAUGGCGCAGGCUCUAGCAGCAAACUUUGCCAGGCAGCAGAGUCCAGCCAUUCCUCCUGCAGCAGCAAGACCGCCGACUCCUCGCCAGACCUGAUCCUGCAGCAGUUGUACAGUGGACGGCCUGCCCCGAAGCUCCCCGACGGCGCGGGCAAGGAGAACGAAGAGGAGGAGGAGGAGGAUGAGGAGGAGCUGCAGCUUCGGCUGCUCGCUCUCAAGUCCGCCAGCCACAAGUGGCAGCAGAAGGAGCGCCAGGUUCUGCAGUCGAGCCGCGAGAAGCAGGCGCAGCCGCGCGCGCCGACGGCCAAAUCAAGGACGGCUCCGGCGAAGUCCAGGAGCUCCGGCGCGACGAUGUCCAGGCCGUCGGCGUCGCGAGGGGCGCAAGCCAAGUCCAGGGCCACCCCGGCCAGGAGGAGGCCCAGCCCAGCUCCUCGCACCACCCGCACGACGCCGCGAUCUACGGUGCCUCCGCGCCCCAGCGCGCGAUCCUCCUCCGCCGCCGCCACAGGGCGCACGCGGACCUGGCAGGGGCGGCAGGAGGUGAUUGCGGCGGCGGCGAGGAGGAGGCGACGCGACAACGAGGAGGCCGAACGCCGGCGGCAGGAGGCCGACGAGAUCCGGCGCAUCCGGGAGCUGCCCAGCACCGAGGAGCAGUACGUGCGCUUCAUGAAGAUUCUGGGCGACCGCGGCGCUGGCGGCGCUGGCGGCGCUGGCGGCGUUUCGGCCGCCUCUCCCGGCGUCGCGGGCACCGGCGGCGGAAAGGCCGGAGACGUGGAGCAGAGGAGGCCGCGGGAACGGCGCGUGUCGGAGCUUCGGGCGAACCUUUUCCAGCACGACAACUACGAGGAGGUUGCUAUGGAGGUGGAUAGCGAGAGCAACUCGCCCAUGCCCGUGUUUGCAGUGGUGUCCCCGCAACCCUUUGCCGUACAUGGGGAAGGACUGUCAUCCCUGGGCCUCCCCGUGCAGGCCUUCCCGCCACACAGCCUGCUGCAGGUGUCGUCCUUCACGGAGGCGGCGGCGGUGACGAGACUCGUGGAGGCCGCCCUUCCGGGUCCCGUGCCCCCCGAGCCCUGCGAGCCCCCUCCCCUGCCCCCCGGGGAGCCCGAACAGCCCCCGAAGCCCCCCUUCGAGGACGAAGCGGAGGAGGAAGAGAUGCUGCUGCGAGAGGAGCUGCUCAAGUCCAUUCAGAUCAAGCGUGUGACCAAGCCAGAGAAGGAAGAGGCGGACUCGGAGGUUGCUCCUGAGAAGACAUCGUCACCACCGCCACCACCGUUGCCGCCACCACCACCGCCACCACCGCUGCUGUUGUCAGUGCUGGCGACGUCCACGCCGAUCAACAGAAACGGCAUGGACGCCGCGCCCCGUUCGACCGCGACGCAAUCACCCCUCCCCUCGGCCGCUUCCCCCACCACCGUCGCAGCCAGCGUCGGCGUCACCGCCGCCACCACCGCCGUCACCACAGCCGUUACCACGACCGCCGCCGCGGGUGGCGGUGGCAGCUCACGGCUGCAGCAGCGAAUCCCGCCCGCCAAGCGACCCAAGAUCACGCUUCCGCAGCACAAGUCGGUGGUGGUGAGUCUCGGCGGGGACUCAGACUCAGACACGGAGGGCGAGGCGGCGUCCGCCAUCGGCUCACGGCUCCUCGGCACCGGCCUGCUGGAGAUGAUGAUCAAGGAGGCGCGACGCACGGCCGACGCAGCUAAACCCAAGCCCAAGUCGAACGCCGCGGAAGAGAACAGGGACCCCCAGAAGACGCCCGAGGCGAUGCCGGACGCGCAGAAGCCGGAAUACCGCCGGCUCCGGGAUGAGAUCAUGAAGCGCGAGCGACUGAGGCUGGGGGGCAUGGAGAUCAUGCAGGGUUCCCCGGCCACAUCGGACACCGACACGGAGCCGGGGGGCGGAGCGCAAAGCGCCGCGCUCAGCAGCACCAUCGCCGACACGGAGACGCAGCUCGGCAGGCAGAGGCAGGCGCUGGCCAAGGACUCGUUGCUGCUGUCGCAGCUGGUGGCGCAGAAGGAGAAGAAGGCGGAGGGCGUCCGCCUUGCCGAGGUCAAAGCGUCGCGCCUGCGCGAGCAGCUGCGGGCCACGGAGACGGUGCUCUCGGCCAACUCCACGCUGAUGCGCAAGAUCGACGAGCAGGUGGAUCGCAUCAAGCAGCGGAUGGACUCGAAGGCGUUUGUUGUGGGGCAGCUGGAGGAGGAGCUGGCUCGGGCCCGUGCCCUCGUCAGCAAGCACCUGGGCAAGGGGCUGCCGGUCGUCAGCGGUCUGGCGCGGCCCCUCGCUCGCGUCAGAGACGGAGGAUUGCCAGUGAGCAAGCGCGUGAAGCUGGACCCGGCCCUCGGGGGCGGCCCCGGCAACCUCCGGCAGGAGUUUAUCGCGCGCGAGAAGCUCCGCUUGCAGGGCCUGGAGCAGGAGUACGCCGAGAAGAUCCGGCGUCUCAAGGCGGCGCAGAGCGGCGGUGGCCCGGCGCGGCCGAAGACCGGCGCGGCCGUUGCCGCCAGCGCGGCCACCGCCGCCGUCGUCGCCGAAGUGGCGGCGGUCGUCAAAAUCGCCGCUGUCGUCAAAAUUGCCGCGGUCACCGAAAUCGCCGCAGUCACCGCCACCGAGGCGCAGAAGAAAGCGCCGCAGGGCGGCGGCAGGUCGCGCGGCACGCGGCGCAGCGGGCAGUCGCUGUCGACGCCGCCGGCCGCGCCCACCGUCAGCCAACCGUCGCUGCACGACCUCUCGCAGGACAAGCUCACGUUCGGUCCCGUCGAGGAGGGGGACGCCGACGACACGGCGGCGCAGGCGGCACCGGCACCGACGGCGGCGGCGAUCGAGCGGCCGGGGCCUCCGACUUCCCCGACGAGCGCGACCACGCCGCGCCGGCUCUCCCUGACGGCCGGCGGCCUCGUCACGCGACCCAACCUGCCCGGGGCGGACGGCCUGUCGGGCAAGGACGCGCCGACUAGCCGGCCCGGCAAGGACGCGACGCCAAGCCGGCUGCGCGGUGGCCCGGAAGCUCCUGCCGCCGCCACGGCCGUCGGGGCCGCUAGGACCGGGCGCGGCUCUGCGGCUGCGACGCCGGAGGUCGAGGUCGCCCGGCCGCCGGUGACGAGGUCCAGCAAGCGCCGGAGAGGGGCGGCCGUGGCCAGGGGCGUGGGACGCGGGCGAGCCAAGGGCGCGGGGGCGGCGGAGAAGAGCGCCGGUGCCGGUGGCGGCAAGGCGGUGGCAGGGGGAGACCUGGGACUGCUGGCCCAGGCCGAGACCGAGGCCCAGGGCCUUGAGCUGGAGGCGGUGCUCGCUCAGUUCUCGAGGAUGCUGCUGCCGGCGGAGGGGCCGACGAGCAGCGAGGAGGAUGUGGUGACGGGCGUGGACCUGGUGCGCCUGCCUCGCCCGGCCGUCCGGGACUCCGUGGCCGAACCGUUUGGGCCCUACAAGAGCCCACUGCUCGCGUUCAAGACCUACAGGUUCAGCACGUACUUCCGCACCAAGGAGCAGCUUCUGCUGAGUUCCCCGUCCUUCAGCAACAAGGUGGAGCCGCGCUGGAGCUUCUGCCACUUUGAGCUCACGGGGACGUGCAAUGACGAGGACUGCCCCUGGCAGCACAUGGCGGACUGUACUCUGGGCCGGGAGGAGCUGUUCCAAGACAUCCUCUCGUAUGACCUCCCCCUGCUGGGCUGUACAAGUGAAAGUUCCCAGAAGGAGAUAAUCACCGCGGCCGAGAGCUACGUGCGUGGCGUGCUGGGCCCCAACACGGAGCGCGUGACGGCCGAUCAGGUGGCCGUGCUGCUCGUGGGCAAGGUCAACGAGCGCGCCCGCCACCAACCCCCCUUCACCACGUUCAAGGAGCGGCGGGCGUGGCGGCCCGUGGCCGUGAGGAAGACGAACGCGGCGGGGACGGCCGGUGGGAGCGACAGCGAGAGCGGCGACGACGGCGUUGACCGCGGGGCGCUCCCCGGGCCCGGCAAGCCCGGUCCAGCCGUGGCACGGCAGGUCGAGGCGGCGGCGUCGGCGGCGUGCAGCGAGCGCUACUUCAGCGCCGGCUCGGAUGACGCCGCGCGGCUCGAGGAGGCCGUGGAGCGGAGCCCCGGCGACAUCCAGCUGUGGAUCAAGCUGUCCGAGAAGUACCUCCACCAGCCCGAGUGCGACCCCACGGAGGCGCUCAACGCAGCCCUCAACUGCCUGUCGCGGGCGCUGGAGGCGAACCGCGGCAGCGGCGAGGUGUGGGGUCGCUACCUGGCGCUGUUCGCCGGCUGCGUCGGCAGCCACAAGGAGCUGCAGGAGAUGUGCGAAGUGGCCGUGGGCUACGCGCCCGACCACGGCCUGUGGUGGCAGUACCUCUCGCUGGAGCGGACGUACGAGGGCAAGGACUACGUCUGCUCCCGUCUGCUCCAGUUCCUCGUCGCCACGGCGCCGGCGGCGGCGGCGACGGCGGCCGACCGGCGCCUGCACUCGCACCGCCUGCUCGAGGGCCUGCUCUACCGCGUGCAGCUCAACGUCUGCACGGGGCGCCUGCAGCUGGCGCUCGAAAUCUUCCGGCAAGCGCUGAAAGCCGACAGCACCGCCGGGAAAGAAGAGGAGGAAGAGGCGACGCGGGAACCGUGCGUGUCGGCGCUGCUGCUCCCCACCGACCGCGCCAUCGCGUGGCUCUCUUAUCUCCACGCCGUCGAGUUUGGCGAGCUGCCCUCCGCCCUCGCCGACCCGGCCUGCUCGCUGCCCGGCGCCCUCGUGCGCAAGGAGCCCUUCGUGCUGCCCUGGCGCCGGCGCGGCGACCUCAAGACUCCGCCAGCCGCGCUGCUGGUGUUGCUGCAGGAGGCCGUGCGAGCUUGCUCCAGUGAUCCGGGCGGCGCUGACGACGAUUGCGACGACGGCAGUGGUGGCGACGCCCGGGCAGAGACGUUGGCUGCGUGCCUGCCCAUCCACAGGAACGCGCUGCGCGUGCACGCGCUGUGCGAGAGCUGGGACGAGGCGCUUGCGCUGUGCGGCACGAUCUGCACGGAGGCUGCCGGCACCCCGCUGGAGCUGGAGGCGUGCGCGGCGCUGGCGGAGACGCUCGUGCAGCGGGGCGACGCGGCGGAGGGCGCGAGGGCCUGGCUCGGGGCCCUGCGGCGCCGGCCGAGGGACGCGCGGCUCGCUUACCACGCCGCCAAGUUCCUCGCCGCCCACGCUGUGGAGGAGAAGCCGAUCGCUGUGCUUGAGUCCCUCGCGGCGGCGUUCUUCGCGGAGGAAGAGGCGGCCACCACCGAGCUCCUGUUCAGGUCUCUGCUCGGGUGCCCCGUGCCGUACAACUUCCGAGCCCCCGACUUUGCGGCCGGAGUCUCGCGUGAGACGCUGCAGGCCCAGCAGGGCUACCUGUGGCUCUGCUACUGCUCCUGGCAGGUGUUGGCGAGUCCCGCGGCCGGAGCGACGGACGCCCACGAAGCUGCCCUGGGGGCGGCCCAGCUGACGGAGGAGCCGCUGCGGCUGCUGUGGUUGGACUACCUGACGCAGGCCAAGGCGAGGCUGCUGGCGUCGGCGAGCAAAGCGCCGGAGCUGCGGUCGUUCACGGCGCUCGUGCACCGCUGCCUCGCCACGGUGCCGGUGCGGCGCGCCCUCCCGCACGCCUCCGCCAAGUACUGGGCCGACUACACCUUCCACAACCAGGUUGUGGACGUGUACGUGGGCUGCCUGCCGCCCUGCCAACGCUCGGCGGCGCUGGAGAGGCUGCACGCGCUGGCGCCCACCAACGCCGCGCUGGCGUUACGGUUGCUGGUGGCGGAGGCGGAGGAGGGAAACGUCCACAGCGUUGCUCUACAGGCCAAGCUGCUGAUCCAGAGGCUGCCCUCCUGUCUUUUCAUCUGGAAAAUAGUCAUCGCUGCCACGAGAAAACUUCACGGCCCGUCGGAGCUGCGGCGCCUGUUCGUCCGAGCUCUGCACUGCCUUCCGCUCUCCGCGUCGCUCUGGAAAGAUGUAACCGACCGCACCUGCACCGCACGAGUGCUCGCGACACACACGGGGUGGCGGCGGUGGUUGCUAGAUUUAUUUGCUCUGCAGGUUUUCGGGGAUGCGUUGGGAAGGUCGGGACCGAGUUAUCACUCCCCCGGCAGACGCUGCUGUGGUGUCGUGGUUAACACGCUAGACUUGCAAUCCAGAGGGAGCCGGUUUGAUUCCAUCUCCCGGCGGGCAGGUUUCUUAAAUCUGCCCACCCGCAUUGCUGCACCCAGCAGCAUAAAUGGGCUUCACCAGUCGGAUCGGGAGGUCAUUUGUGGCGAGGUAAAGUGUGGUUACAUCUCGGUUUUGGGUAAAGACCUCCCGACAGCCGAUGCCCAUCCCUCUUGUGAUGCAGAAAUCCAUCUCUUGCACGUGAGCCGAUUUCAUCGCUCCAUUUCCGGGGCCGGCCAUCUGUUCCCGGGCGUUUCUCUGCGUUGACCGACAAUCCGUCAGCGGUCUCAGGCAUUGGCCAUGCCCAAGCGCGCACUUAACUUUGCUUAACAGGCGACGUCCUGCAAUUUCUCCGAUGCGUUCUUCCGUCUGUCACUUAGGUGCAAUUCGAAUCGCACAUCUCAUCACGCGCUUUGCACGCUUUUCGUUCCAUUUUCUUUUGUCCGCGUGCCAUGCCCUCUGAUCGUAUCAUCGCGGGUAAUUUAAACUCGAUGAUGCCUGAGGAUGUUGUUUUGCAUUACACAAAGUUUUUUUCAAAAAGCACUCCACAACCUGCUGUCCGCUCGCCCAUAUUUCAUCGUCUAGAUCCCGGUCUGCUUUCUGAUGUGCUUUCGAAUCGUGUCCCUCGCAACAGAUAUUAACUUACAAUAAUAACAGUAAAAUGUGGAGACUAACACACCAUGGCAAGCACCGAGAAAAGUGUAAUCUUCUCUGCCAAAAGCCCCCCACCCCCCCCCCCCCACUAUUGCUUGGGGAUCAGCUGUUUGGAUACUGCUAUUCUGUGCCUUCUUCUCUAGCUGCAUCCUUCCCUCUCGCCCUCGGGUCUCCCUCUUACUCCUUGCGCAGUGCACCGGUGGCAUCCCCAUCGUCUCGAUUUAAAACUUUCGUGACUGCAGGGAUUCAUCUUCUUGGUUCUUUCGGUAAAGUCACGUAGAAGGGAAAUAAAAAUCUUUCCGACAGCCCUGUUCUUCACCUGAGGACGGCUGCUUGCGUUGUGGCCGAAACGUCAUGAGAAUUAUUUUAUUAUGUUUUAUUUUUAUUAUUUUAUUAUUUCCCUUCUACGUGACUUUACCGAAAGAACCAAGAAGGUUAAUCCCCAUCGUCGUUCUAAUUGCAUCGUCUCUGUCUCUGGUCCAACACGUGCUCGAUCCGUCCAAGUCUUGCCUCAAGAAUAAUAGUAGCAACCACCACCACCUCGCCGCCAAAGCACCAGUCUUCAUUCCGUCUCCUUUCUCUCGGAAGAUAAUUUUCAUCGUGGAAUUCUCAUCUCUGCCCGCUCGAGCACCCUCCUACUUUGGUGCCCCACGUGUAUUGUGUGUGCACCGUGGCACCGGUGGGCCCAAAGCGUGUCGCGACGAUCGGCUCGCCAGCUAGAAGAAAAACGCUCCCAACGCCAUCGUCGCCGCUAACCCGUCGCCCCAACGCGUCGUCUCACCACCGUAUGCACCGCGUGCAGUUUGUGCUCGCGGAAGCGGAGGCUGCGGCGUCGGCGUCGUCUUCGGCGUGCGGCGGCAAAGGGGGAGCGCCCGUGCAGCGUGCGCUGGCUCUGUGCCGCGAGGCCGGGGUCAGCCUUGCGGAGCUACUGCCCUCCUCCGUCACGCUCUCGCCAG